AUUAGCAUUUUCUUUUAUCAAUUUGAAUUAAUUAGCUUAAAAAUGGCACGCUCGAACGCUUUUAAUCUCCUCCUCGGUCUUAUUUUUAUCGGUGUUCUUCUCAUUUCUUCUCAAGUCUCAGCUCGCGAACUUGCUGAAAGUACCGUGGCUCAGGACAAUGCACAAGUUUCCGGGUAUGGGCACGGUGGAUAUGACCAUCGACAUGGCGGAUACGGGCAUAGGCAUGGUGGAUACCGGAAUAGACAUGGCCACGGAGGACGCCACCAUGGAAAGCCGGGUCAUGGUGGUCACCCUAAAACUGAUGUUGAAAAUUAAUUAUAUGGAAUGCAUAUAAUUAAUGCCAUAAAUAUUACUAAAAAGGAUCUAUUUGUGAUCUGUCUUAAUUUGUAAUUGUUGUUUCUUGCUGUUCUUGUUUUUUUCAUUUCUGCUUUGUAAUUUUGAAAUUAAUUUUAUGAAAUAAUUAAUGGAGGAA